CUCACUUCCCCCCUCUACAUAGCACCAUGUCGCCAGAAGGGAUGACUCCGAUAUUCGACGACUUCAACCUCGACCUCGUCAUCACCGUUCUCUCCCACACCCUCUUCUCACCUUUCUUCCUCGCCUUUAUCCCCAUCCUCAACUUUGCUCGCGGGUCGAGCUGGGAGGACUCGACUCUCAGGUGGCCAGUCUACUGGCUUGGCGCUGUCUGCCUCUACCACUUCCUAGCCUUCACAGGCCGCGUACAUAGGUCGGGAGGGACAUGGCUCUUCAAACCCGCGCGGCUUGACUGGGGCGAGCAAAUCGUGCUCAUAACAGGUGGGGCGUCUGGCAUUGGUCUGCUACUCGCAAACACCCUCGCAGUGCGCAACGUCAUCGUUGUCGUCCUCGAUCUCAAGGACAAGCUGGAGAGCGAGAACUAUAACAUCUAUUAUUAUAAAUGCGAUGUAUCUGAUCCCGAAGCGGUGGACGCUGUCGCCGCCCGGAUAAAAAAGGAAGUCGGCAACCCAACAGUGCUGAUCAACAACGCGGCUAUCGUUACUCCUUCGACGCUGCUCUCUGUAACCCCCACUGCCCUCUCCCGAACCUUCGCAGUCAACACCCUCUCGCACAUUUACAUCCUACGAGCGUUCCUCCCUCACCUGGUGGCAGAAAACGCAGGGCAUGUAAUUACGAUAUCCUCCGUGCUCGGACAGCAGGGUGUUGCCCACCUCGGCGCAUACUGCAGUACGAAAGCCGCGCUGGUCGCUUUACACCGUACGCUCCGACGCGAACUGCUGACCGUCUACUCCGCUCCUGGAGUACGAACGACCCUUCUCGUCCCCGGACAAGUCCACACACCGCUAUUCUCCUCCCUCCAGCUCCCCCCGAACAAACUACGUGACUUCCUCGCUCCACCCCUCGCACCCCACACCAUCGUCAAAGAGAUCAUCCGUUCCCUAGACGAAAGGGAGAAUGGGGAGAGGUGGAUGCCGUUCUAUGCCAGGUGUGUACCGGCGCUCGAGUGGAUGCCGGGCUGGGUGGCGGACGCGUUCCAGGCAUGGACGGGGGCGGACGGGGGGAUGAAGGCUGCUGCUGAGGCUGAGACUGGGGUUGCGGUCGUGUCGGAGAAGAAAGGGGCGGUGGUCUAAGAUUUGGGUUGUAUACGGGAGAUUGGGCGGCGCUUUGGGGCAGUGAGCGACAGGCUGCGCUCCUGCAGGUACGGUAGCGUACUUGUAUGUAUGUUACUGUGCGACACAGUUUGAAGAGAGUGAUCGGACCACUGGAAUGCUUCAAAGGUAUCACGUGAUGCUGUCUUAUC